AGGAGAGAAGGAACUCAGAUGCGUGCUGAGGUGACGAGGAGCGGGGAGUUGCUGUCCUGAUCGCGCUCUCUCUCUCUCUCUCUCGCUCUGUCUGUACCACUCGAUCUUGUUUGAAAAUGGAUUCGUUCGCUGGUAUCAAGCUGUCCUUUGCCGUCUCCUUAUUCAUCAGCUUGUGGGCGUGUAUAGCAACCGCUCAUUCCCACAAUUGUGACAAUCACCUUGUAUCCGGCUUGCCUCAGUCGGCAUUCAGAUCCUCCUCCUUGUUAUCUACCACCCACAGCCCUGGCUUUGCAAAGCUGAACAGGCGAGAUGGAGCAGGUGGAUGGUCUCCAUUGGAUUCGAACAAAUACCAAUGGUUACAGAUAGAUUUGGGAGACAGAACGGAAAUUACUGCCAUAGCAACCCAAGGCCGAUAUGGGAGCUCAGACUGGGUGACGAGUUAUGUGCUGAUGUUCAGUGACACUGAAAGAAACUGGAAACAAUAUCGCCAAGAAGACAACACUUGGGCCUUUCCAGGAAACUCCAAUGCAGACAGUGUUGUGCAUUACAAACUGCAGUACUCCAUCAGAGCCAGAUUCCUACGCUUUGCCCCCCUCAAGUGGAACCCAAAUGGUAGAAUAGGGAUGAGGGUUGAGGUUUACGGCUGCCCCUACAGAUCGGAUGUGGCUGACUUUGAUGGCAGAAGUUCCUUGCUCUAUAGAUUCAACCAAAAGAGUGUGAGUACGGUGAAGGACAUGAUCUCCCUGAAGUUUAAAACAUUACAAAGUGAUGGUGUGAUGCUACAUGGAGAGGGUCAAAGGGGAGACUACAUCACACUUGAGCUGAAGAAAAGCAAACUCUCUUUGGAGAUCAAUUUAGGGGAUACUAAACUACGAUCCGUUAAUGGUCACACCUCGGUCACACUGGGCAGCUUGUUGGACGACCAGCACUGGCACUCCAUUACAAUCGAACGGUACAACAAGCAGGUGAACUUCACUGUGGAUAAACACACACAGCACUUCCGAACCAAAGGAGAGUUUGAUUACCUGGAUAUUGAUUAUGAGCUAAGUUUUGGAGGGAUUCCAGUUCCAGGCAAGUCGGUGACAUUUCUGAGGAAGAACUUUCAUGGCUGUAUUGAAAAUCUCUAUUACAAUGGAGUGAAUAUUAUUGAUCUGGCCAAGAGACGCAAACCUCAGAUACAUGUUGUGGGCAACGUGACCUUCUCAUGUACAGAUCCUCGCAUUGUUCCAGUCACCUUCAUGAGUUCCAGCAGUUAUCUGCUGCUGCCUGGGAAAGCCCAGAUGGAUGGUCUUUCAGUCAGUUUCCAGUUUCGCACCUGGAACAAGGAUGAGCUGCUUUUGUACAACGAGUUCCAUGCAAACUCUGGAGUAUUGCAGAUUUACCUGGUCAAGGGGAAGCUCAGAAUAACUGUCCAUAAAUUAUCCCGGAAUCUGGCAGACAUCACCACAGGUGUCAAUCUGAAUGAUGGACUGUGGCAUUCGAUUAAUUUGAAUGCCAGAAGAAAUCGUGUUAGCAUCAUAUUGGACAAUAAUGCUACCUCAACCUUUCAUUCAACCAUACAGAUGCAAAUUUACUCCGGGAGCAGCUAUUAUUUCGGAGGUUGCCCUGAACAAGCUGCUGCCACUGAUUGUUCAAAUCCCUUCGGUGCAUUUGAAGGCUGUAUGCGGCUCAUUCUGAUUGACAACCAAGCAGUGGAUCUCAUUUCAGUGCAACAAGGUCUACAGGGAAACUUCACUGACCUACAUAUAGAUCUUUGUGGCAUCCAGGACAGGUGUUUACCAAGUUACUGUGAACAUGGAGGAGAGUGCUCUCAAUCCUGGAACACCUUUCACUGUGACUGUGCUGGGACUGGCUACACUGGAGAAACCUGCCAUAGCUCCUUGUAUGAGAAAUCUUGUGAAGCUUAUAGACACAGAGGGCAGAUGUCAGAUUUCUUCUCUAUUGAUCCAGAUGGCAGCGGUUCACUGAAGCCCCUUCUCGUGUACUGUAACAUGACAGAAGACAAGACGUGGACAGUAAUUCAGCACAACAACACAGAGCUAACCAAAGUCCAGGGUUCUAGUUCAAGCAAACCUCAGCUUGUGCACUUGAGCUACACUGCUAACAGAGAACAACUCCAAGCUAUGAUUAACAACAUGGAUUACUGUGAACAGGAGGUGUCUUACCACUGUAAAAGAUCUCGCCUUCUAAACACACCGGGUGGAACCCCAUUUACCUGGUGGAUUGGGAGGACCAAUGAGAAACAAACUUACUGGGGAGGAUCGCUGCCUGGAGUUCAGAAAUGUGCCUGUGGGUUGGAAGGGAGUUGUCUGGAUAACAAGUAUCACUGUAACUGUGAUGCUGACAGAGAUGAAUGUAUUGCAGAUGGUCCAGAGGAAGUUCCCAAGAGUUAUCCUGAGAUGGAAGGGUUAAAGUAUGAAGAGCGUUCGAUGGCUCUGCGCCGGGCAAAUGAUACAGGCCUUCUCUCACACAAAGAUCACUUGCCUCUAACUCAGCUUGUCAUUGGAGACACCAACAGAACAGGCUCUGAAGCUGCCUAUAGACUUGGUUCACUCCGUUGCAAUGGAGACAAUAACUACUGGAAUGCAGCAUCCUUUAACACCAAGUCUUCAUAUCUCCAUUUCCCAACAUUCCAUGGGGAGUUAAGUGCGGAUAUCACAUUUUUCUUUAAAACAACGGCUUCCACAGGUGUUUUCCUGGAGAAUCUGGGCAUCAAAGACUUCAUUCGGAUCGAAUUAAGCUCUCCUGUGGAAGUUCUCUUCUCAUUUGAUGUGGGGAAUGGCCCCUUCUUGGUUUUGGUUAAGUCGCCCUCACAGCUCAAUGACAACCAGUGGCAUUACGUGAAAGCUGAGCGAAACAUCAAGGCAGCCUCGCUUCAAGUGGAUCACCUGCCACGACAGGCUCGAGAGGCGCCAUCUAAUGGACACAUCCACCUACAGCUCAACAGCCAGCUAUUUAUAGGAGGAACAGCUUCAAGGCAGAGAGGGUUCAUUGGAUGCAUUCGGGCUUUACAGUUGAAUGGGGUGAACCUCGAUCUUGAAGAGCGAGCCAAAAUGACUCCUGGAGUUAGACCUGGUUGUCCUGGGCACUGCACCAGCUAUGGCAACCUGUGUCAUAAUGGAGGGAGAUGUAUAGAGAAAUAUAAUGGAUAUUCAUGCAACUGCACUUCGUCUGCAUACGAUGGGCCAUUCUGCAAGACCGAGGUGUCUGCCUUCUUUGAGGUUGGAACAUCCCUAAUAUACAACUUUCAGGAAUUUUAUGGGAUUGCCAGGAAUCUAAGUGCACAUUUAUCUGCCAUCUACAUGGACAAGACUACCUCCUCAGAGAACACUGCUUUCAGCUUCCGGACAACACGAGCUCCCAGCAUCCUCCUGUAUGUGGACACUUACCACGACGAGUAUUUGGCUGUGAUAUUGCAGCAAAAUGGGAGCUUGCAGGUUAGAUACAGGCUUGACAAUAACAAAGAUCCCGACAUCUUUGAGCUUGAUGUUGGAAACCUCGCAGAUGGACUUCUCCACAGUGUCAAAAUCAACCGAGAAGGACCAAGUGUCUAUGUUGAGAUUGACCAUUUACAUUCCAUGAACUACAAGCUGUCAUCAGACACAGCAUUUAAUGGGCUCAAGUCUCUCGUCCUGGGCAAGAUACCAGAUACUGGCAAUCUUGACCAGGAGAUACUGAAUGCCAAUACACAGGGUUUUGUUGGCUGCCUCUCUUCAGUUCAGUUCAAUUGGAUCGCUCCAUUAAAAGUGGGACUACGGCACUUCACCUCUGCCCCAGUGACUGUAAAAGGGGAUCUGGUUGAAUCUGACUGUCGAACAUCACUGAUGAUAGAACCAAUAGCUGUGACUACCGCACUUUCAUUUGCAGAUCAUUCCAAACCCACUGAGGAGGAAGCACCAUUGCAGAAGGCAGUCAAAAGUGAUUCUGCAGUUAUUGGAGGUGUAAUAGCGAUUGUGAUUUUUGUCAUCCUCUGCAUCUUUGCUAUAACUGGCCGCUUGCUGUACCAGAACAAAGGCGCGUACCAGAACAACGAAGCAAAACGGACGGAGUAUGCUGAGGCUGCAGACGUCGCAUUGAAGAACAAGGCCAAUUACCAAGAUGCUGUAAGCGAAGGCAGAAAAGAGUAUUUCAUCUGACAACAAAAGAGGCCCUCCUCGAUGCAACAGGCAGAUUAAUCAUACUGACAGCCUGGGCUCACUUUUGUGCUCGGAGUUAGCUCCAGACUCUGCAGACUAAAAGGCCAAAUGCUUGCUCAAAGCACACAGACAACUGGCUUAUUCUUUGGAUUACCUGACAGUGCUGGUUAUAACCCUAUUGUUACCUGCUAACUAAUUGCCAGCACAAAGGAGUAGAAUGAAGAAUCUACAUUAAGGUUUCAGUAACAGUGGCUAUUGUAAGUGUAGCAACAAUCCUUCUCAGAACAAUGUAAAGCAUUAAUAUAAACUUUUAAAUGUAACCAUAUACUUGUUUAUCCUCAUGACAUUCUUUUCUUUUUUUUGUUCCUCUUGCGGGUGAUUGCAUUAUUUAUUCAUUGACCAGGUUAACUCCGA